GGCGGGCUGGGGCGGGGCCUCCUGCGGGGAUGUCAGGCCUGGCUGGCAGUUUCUGGAGGCCGCAGAGGGGCAUUCCGGCGUGGUCACUGCGGGGCGCCCGUCCGGUCGCGCCUUCAGACCCAGGGAAGAGCUGGCGAGCGGCCGCGGGAGCUCCCGCCGGGCCAGGACUCAGACCUGAAGCCCAAGGCCACAGUGCCUCCAGUAAACCAAGAGCCGGGGAGGGCAGGGGGCUGUCUGACCCGCUCUGUGCCCCGCCCCUGACCCAGCCUGAGUUGAAAUCAAGGACCAGCUGCCAUUCAACUCCCCACUGCCACUCUGUCCUCUCGCCUCCAUCCAUGGCGCCCCUGCUCACCCUGUUCCUCAUGGCCCUGGUGGGCCUCCCUCUGGCCCAGGCUCUGGACUGCCACGUGUGCGCCUACAACGGCGAGAACUGUUUCAAUCCCAUGCGCUGCCCGGCCAUGGUCACCUACUGCAUGACCACACGCACUUACUACACACCGACCAGGAUGAAGGUGAGCAAGUCGUGUGUGCCCAGCUGCUUCGAGACCGUGUACGACGGUUACUCCAAACAUGCCUCCACCACAUCUUGCUGCCAGUAUGACCUCUGCAACAGCGCUGGCCUCGCCGUGCCGGGGGCCCUGGCCCUGGCCCCCAUCCUCCUGGCUACUGUCUGGGGUCUGCUCUAAAUCCCUGCCCCCCACCAAGACCCACUCAAGGACGGAGUUCUGAGAGGCACAGCCCUACCUUUUCACCCUGCGUCCCCCACCCACCUGGUGCCCUCCCCCCAGCCACACCCGGGACCGUCAGCUUCAGGACUCGUCAGC